AUGGAGGGAGAUCGUGACCGUCUUCCACCAUUCGACACGUCCGGACCCCCAUCUCAAGUGGCUCUGAGGUGGACAAAAUGGGUUCGAGCCUUUGACUAUUAUCUGACGGGAAAGGACAUUACGAACAAGAAGCGUUCAAAAGCACUGCUCUUGCACUUCGCGGGUCUAGAAGUUCAGGAUUUAUUCGAGGACCUAUCCGACCCAGAUGACAGCCUUCCACCAGAUCAGAGAACACAGAAUGACAAUGAGUUCCUCAAGUGCAAGCGUACCUUGCAAGCUCAUUUCGGUGCUCCUGCAAACCCUACGUAUGAGAGGCACGUCUUCCGUCAACUCACUCGCCGGCAGGGAGAGUCCACAGUGCAGUACUGCACCAAGCUUCGGCAGCAAGCUCGGCUUUGUUCUUUCGAGAAUGAAGGACAAACUGCGGAAGCUAUACGUGACCAGAUCGUAGCAACAGUCGACAGCAGUGAGCUGAAGAAGAAGCUCCUGUCAGAACCAGCCCUGACUCUGCCACGAGCGUUGGAAAUGUGCAGAAUUUGGGAGGACGCCCAGUCCCAGUCGGAAGGAAUGUCCUCAAACACUUCUACUUCGUCUGGUACCGGUUAUACCGGGAGUAGUAGUAUGCUUGUCAAUGCCGUGCACCACCGAGACCAGAGUCACAGGCAAGCUGGACGGGGUGGAUUUGUGCAGUCAUCGCGUGGCCAGUCACGUAAAUGCGGUGGAUGUGGAGACCAGUGGCACGAGAAGCGCGAGUCAUGCCCAGCUUGGGGCAAGUCGUGCCGGAAGUGUAGGAAGCCAAACCACUUCGCCAAAGUUUGCCGUUCACAGCAGUCCAGCACUGGUGGAAGUGUACACAUGGUUGGCCAGUCUCAAGAAGUACAUGGAACGUCGCCAGUCGACCCUGCUCUUGCUCCAAGUUAUAGUGCAAGUGCUGGUACUGGUGCGAGUGUUGCAUCCGGUCCUACAACUGCAAGUCCGUACAGCAGCGGCCUGGACGAGUACUAUUCGUUGUACCGCACGCAGAGUGACAAGGACCGCGUGGACCCGUGCUGUUGUACCCUCCAGUUAUGUAAACAGCCAGUCGUGUUUGAAAUCGACACGGGUGCAGCCGUGACGGUGAUGUCUGAAAACGAAUUUCAUCGGCUGGCAUCCAAGGUCAAUUUGUCGCUCGACACAAGUGAUCUGCCGAAGCUGCGUACUUACUCCGGCGGAAUUCUGAAUGUCGUCGGUCGCUUUAGUGCUUCUGCGACCCAUGCUUCUCGUAAAUCAGCAGAAUUGUCGAUCGUCGUUGUCCAAGGAAACGGACCAAAUCUCCUGGGUCAAGACGCGUUGCAACUGCUGAGGUUGAAUUGGAACUUCGUGUUCAACGUGUCACGCGAGCACUCGAUAUUGUCAGAGUUCCCGCAGCUCUUCCAACGUAGCAUGGGCACCUGGAAACAUGGAAAAGUCAAAUUGUCCGUGGCAGACAGCGCCAGACCCCGGUUCCUGAAGGCACGCUCUGUUCCUUAUGCGUUACAAGCAGCAGUGGAAAAAGAGCUGAGUCGACUGGAGGAAGCUGGCAUCAUUAGUCCUGUCCAGUAUUCGGAGUGGGCAGCUCCAAUCGUACCCGUUCUCAAGCGGAACGGUAGCAUACGAAUCUGUGGCGAUUAUAAAUGUACUAUCAACCAGUCGGCAAGAGUAGACAAGUACCCCUUGCCCAACAUCGACGACUUGUAUCAGAAGUUAUCGCAAGGCGCAUUCUUCUCCAAGCUUGACCUGAAACAUGCUUAUCAACAACUGUUGCUCGACGACGAGUCUAAGCUGCUGACGACAAUCAACACCUCCAAAGGAUUGUUCGUCUACAACCGCCUACCCUUUGGCGUGUCGGCGGCCCCGGCAAUAUUUCAGCGCACGAUGGAACAAUUGUUAGCAGGUCUGUCCUUUGUCGUAGUGUAUCUCGACGACAUUGUUGUUUCUGGAAAGACUCGUGCGGAGCAUGAUGAGAAUCUGAGGCUGGUCCUGGAUCGUCUAGCGUCCGCGGGUCUCAGGUUGAAUCGUGAGAAGUGUCUCGUGGCUCAGCAGUCUAUUGAGUUCCUGGGCCAUGUUAUUGAUUCAGUCGGCAUUAGGCCGUCGGCUGAGAAAGUGGAUGACCUUGUGAAGGCCCCACAGCCCAAGAAUGUCCCUGAACUGAGAAGCUUUCUGGGACUCAUAAACUAUUACCACAAGUUCAUCGAGAAUCUAAGCUCAGUGUUAGCUCCAUUGUAUGAAUUGUUAUCAUCAAAGUCGUGGUGUUGGUCUGAUAGUCACCAGAAAGCGUUUGAUACAGGCAAGUCUCUGCUGCUUUCUGAGCCGAUACGUAUUCAUUAUGAUCCUAGUUUACCUAUUGUCGUGUCCUGUGACGCUUCCCCGUAUGGUGUUGGCGCAGUUCUGUCGCAUGUUCUGCCAGAUGGGUCUGAUCGGCCAGUAGCCUUUGCAUCUAGAACGCUGUCGUCUUGUGAGAAGAAUUACUCGCAGCUUGACCGUGAGGCCUUGGCAAUGGUAUUUGGCGUCUCCAAGUUCCACAAGUACAUCUUCGGUCGCAACUUUACACUACAAACAGAUCAUAAGCCACUGCUGGGAUUGUUUGAUCCUGAUAGACCCAUUCCUGUUCAGUCUAGUGGUCGUAUUCAGCGAUGGGCACUCAAACUAGCCAAUUAUGAAUUUGUUCUGGAGUACAAGCCUGGGAAACAGAACGGUUGCGCUGAUGGGUUGAGUCGCCUCCCCAAUCCGGCGCUGGUACCGGAACCGCCGCAGCCAGCCGAGGCUGUACUAUCGCUAUCCGUCUUGAACACUACACCGGUUACGUCUGCAUCGGUUGCUCGCUGGACGAGCAAAGAUCCGUCCCUGGCAUUAGUAUACAAGUUCGUAUCUGAGGGCUGGCCCCAAGACAUUCCAGAGGGAUUAGAGCCAUAUUCCCGUCGUCGUAGUGAGCUGUCUGUCUUGAAUAACUGUAUCCUAAUUGGUUCCAGGGUAGUUAUUCCUUCACCGGGUCGUGCACCAUUGCUGGACGAGUUGCACGCCGGUCAUCCCGGUAUCGCUAGAAUGAAAGCCCUGGCACGCAGCUAUGUCUGGUGGCCGUCUCUCGAUGCAGAAAUCGAACAGACCGUCCGUGGUUGCAUGCAGUGCCAGACCGUCACCAAGUCGCCGCAUCGCCAGCAAGUCCACCCAUGGGAAUGGCCUGGUAAGCCUUGGUUACGUGUCCAUGUCGACUUUGCUGGACCCAUCGCUGGUAAGAUGCUCUUCAUUAUUGUCGAUAGUCAUAGUAAAUUUAUUGAAGCACAUGUUUGCUCUGGCUCAUCUGCUGCUGUCGCAAUUCGCAAGCUGGAGCAGACCUUUGCUCUGCUUGGCUUACCUUAUAAUAUUGUUUCUGACAAUGGCCCUGCUUUUGCAAGUAGUGAAUUUCGUGAGUUUUGCUCAUCUAAUGGCAUACGUCAUACUCUCGUUUCACCAUAUCAUCCGUCUAGUAAUGGCUUAGCCGAGCGCGCAGUACAGACGGUGAAGUCUGGCUUGGCCAAGAUGUCUGGCCCUGAUUUGGAAACCCGCCUUGCUAGGUUCCUGUUCCAAUACAGAAUGACGCCGCAGUCAACAACGGGUCGUUCUCCGUUUGAGCUACUUUGGAAGGAACAUCGUCCCCGCUCACGUCUGGAUCUCGUGUUCCCGGACAGCGGCAAGAAAGUCUUGGACAAACAGUGCACUGCCCAUGAUCGUGGUGGUGCAAAUGUAUACCAGUUCUAUUGUGGUGAUGCCGUCUGGGCAAUGAAUUUCAACUCCUCACAGAAGUGGAUAGCUGGCACCGUGGAAGAACAGCUUGGUCCUCUAACAUUCACGGUUCGUCUUGUUGAUAACAGAGUCUGGAAGCGUCACUCUGACCACCUGAAGAAACGCCUUCCUGCUGAGUCGGUGCAAGAUGCUUCAACUGCUACGUCAGCACCACAGCUUCCAUAUUCCAGAGCUUUACCUUCUACCACAGCUCUACCGUCUUCAACUGCUCUACCUAGUGUUCCGCCGAAUGAGUCUAUGUCACUGCCUGACUCAAUUGUACAUGAUGAGAUCCGUGAGAAUGCUGAUUUAUCUGUUCUUGAAUCUACUCCUAACCAGUCUAGUGGUUCUAGUCCUGUCGUGUCUAUGCGCAGUUCUGCUCGUUCUGUAAAGGCUCCUGUCCGCCUUGAUCUGUAG